AUGGCGCCGCCACCGCGCCCGGCCGCUACCGCCGCGCUCGCCAACGCGCUCGUCGCUCCUCCUCGCCAACAACCUCCUCCACCCGUGCUCCCCUUCCCUCCCGCCCAACUCGCCGACCUCCCUCGCCCCGGACGCGUCGCCCUUCGUCCUGGCGAGGCGCCUCCUCCCCGACCACCUUCUGCGACCGUCGUACGUCGAGCCCUCGACGGACAACCUGUCCCCAUCGCCGGCAAGGCGCGCCGCGUCCCCAUCACGGACCAGUCGGCCCUCGCGCACGCCUCGACGUCGAGCCAGAACGAGCAGGUCCGCGGCCGCUCCGCCGCCAUGGUCGCCCAGAUCCCGUCCGACAAGCUCAAGAAGGUCCUCGGCGCGCCCAAGCCCGGCUCGACUUCGACCGCCGCCGCCGCACGCUCGAUCGUCGCGGCACGCUCGACCACCGCCGCCGCCGCCUCGACCUGGGCGCGCCGCGAGGACCCGACCAACGCGUUCGCCAACGCGGGCCCGUCCAUGGUCGCGGCCAAGAAGAAGCGCCCGUCGGACGUCGACGCCGGCGGCGACCUCAAGCGCGCGCGCGGCGUCGCCGGACCUGUCGCCCGCCGCGACGACGGCCAGGCCGGCUCGAGCGUCGGCCACCUCGGCGGCGCCGCACGGCCCGGGCCGCUCCGCCACGAGCGCAAAAGCACGGCGCAGCGUGCGCUGUCGCUCAUUCCCGUCAAGGGCUCGGUCGCGUCGGUCGGCGGCAGCAGGUCGUCGGCGUGGGCCGCCAAGCACGAGCCGCAGCCGUCGGGCUCGGGCGCCGUCAAGCCGCCGAGCAAGGUCGGCGCCGGCCUCGACAACGGCAAGGGCAAGGCGCGCGAGCUCGGCGAGAAGCCUGUCGAGCCGUCGAUGAGCGCACGCAAGCGCGGUGCCCGUGCGAGGGACGGCGCGCCGCCCGUCGGCAUCAAGCCGUCCGCGUGGGCCUACAGCGCGAGGACGGCUCCGCCCACCACGACGCAGCCGGCCGCCCUGCCCGCUCGUGCCGGCGACACGCGCAUGGCGCCGCCGCAGCCCGCGCCCGUCCGCUCGCUCGCCGAGCUCCCGUUGUUCAAGCGCAAGACGCUCUCGCUCGCCGAGAUGAGGGCUGCCGCCGACGUGCGCCGCGCUGCACGAGCUCCCGAGCUCGCGCCCAGCCUCGACGUCGAGCGCCUCGCCGAAGGCCUCGCGCAGCACGCGCCGGUGCGCCCGCCUUCCAGCACGGCGCUUUACGAGCGCAACGCCCGUCCGCUCGCCGACACGAAGGCGCUCGUCGACGCCCGCCGCCGCGCACAACCCGCCGAGCCCGCGCCCGACCUCGACCUCGAGCAGCUCGCGCACGAGCACGCGCAGCACGCGCCGCCGCCACCGCGUCGGCCGAGCCAGCUGCAGAAGGACCACCGCCGCGGCGACAAGAAGGUCGUCACCGCCUUGAAGCGUCGCCGGUCCGACUUCAAGCCGCUCGGCGGCACCCUCCUGACGAGCAGGAACACGUGGCACGACGAGCUCGACGACGCGGCCGUCGGCGGCUCGGGAACGGGCACGGCGGCGCGCACGGGCGCGCUCGAGCAGCCGCUCCGGCCACACCGAGCGCCUGACCGCCCCGUCCUGCCGACCUGGCUCCCCUUCCGCGUCGACGAGCCGCCGAGUCCCGACGUCGGCGCACUCGGCGAGGAGGGCGCGGCGCCCGACACGGAGCAGAUCGGCUCGGCGGCCGGCGCACUCGGCGCCGUCCUCCUCGGCCCCGCUCCCACCAGCUCGGAGCACGGCGGCGUCCCGGCCAACAACAUGGCGGGCCGAGCCUCGGGCGUGCAGCUCGAGCCGAGGGCGGCACCACGACAAGGUGCCUCGGACGCUCGGGUCCACGACUCGCCCCACGCCAAGGUCGGCAGGGCCGACGCCCUCUUUGCCAAGUUCGACGCGCUCCGGGCGUCGUUGGCCACGCCACCCGCCGGCGACGAGACGCCCGUCGACCCGUCGAGCCCGUCUGCGGCCGCAAGCCGCUCACCGGAGCCCGCUUUCGCGCGCAAGGACGUGCCGGUCCUCCUCCGCCACUCGCGCCCACAUGCGUCCCUCUCCUCCUCUCCUCGCUCCGACAUCGAGCAAGCCCUCGUCCCCAACGCCAACCUCGCCGACCUCGUCCCCAACACCGACCUCGCCGCCGUUGGCCACGACGACGAGUACAGCGGCGCCUCGCUCGCCGGGCUCGGCAGCAGCGACGCAGCUCCCGCCGCCGCCGCCGACUCGUCGUCGUCGUCGUCCUCGUCCAUCACGGACAGCGAGCGCAACUCGGUUGCCUCGCCGAGUCGGCACGGGUCCAGUCGCGAGGUGCUCGCCGCCGACCGCGGCUGGCGGCAGCUCGCAGGCGAGGGCGACAUGGACGGCGUGCAGGGCAGCUUGGAGGGGGACCUCGGCACGCUCAGCGAGGCGUGGAGCGACGGGCACGACCACCAGGAGCACUCGUCCUCCCCGAUCCUCCAAGAGCGUCUCGCACGUCCUGCCACCUCGUCAGCCGCCGCUUCCCCAUCCUCCUCGACCCCGUCCGCCGCCGCCACCGAACUCGGCACGUUGGACGAGGAGCGAGACUGGCCGAAGCUGUCGAGCGAGGAGGAGGGCGACGUCCGCGGCGGCGCUUCGCCCGACCUCGCACGCGGCCUCGGCCUUGCGGCGCAAGGACGCUCGCCGUCGCCGUCGCCCCAGGGCCAACCGGGCCUCCGCGACUCGGCCGCCGGUGGCUCCAGCCGGCACUCGGUCGGCUCACUCGACCCGUCGGCCGGCGAGAUGGGCGACACGAACCUCGGCGGCGGUACCGGCGCAGACGCGGUCGGCCUUAACCUAGACCUCGAGCGCAUGGCCCAUGUCGGCGACGUCGACAUGAAUCAGGAGUUUGGAGGCGGGUUCGACGACGAGGCGCGCCAGGGCUCAUCGUCCGGUGGCGAGGAGGAGCAGCUCUCGGUUGGCGAGAGCAUCCGUCGGGAGGGCCGCGAGCGCGAGGGCGACGAGGCCAUGUUGGAGCUCGAGGCCGACAAGAAGGCCCGCCAGGGCGAGGGGUCGGGCGGGCAGGCGGAUGGGGCGGCGGAUCGGGCGACGCCUGGCGAGUCGUCGCCGCUUCAGCGGCCGUCGUCCGCCAUCAGGCGCGGGAAAAAGGUGCAGCGUCGUCGCGUCCUGCCGCCGAGGAGGGCACGCGCCUUCCAUGUCGCCGAGCCGGUCGCCACCGACACCGACACCGACCUCAGCAGCGAGUCGGCGAGCUCCUCUUGCGAGGAGUCGGACCUUUACCUCGGGCGCCCGAGCCGACGUAAGAGGAGGGCGACUAAGAAGGUCUCGAUUCGGUACCUCACCGAGGAGCGCAAGAUGUACGAGGAGGUGCGCGACGCAGGAGGUCGCGUUCCUACGGGCAGGAUGUAGAAGCUUCUUCUGGCCACGUCACCCAAGAGCGAUCCUCCCUUCUUCCUUCUUCCUUCUUGAGGUACGCCUUCUCUCUCUCUCUCGUCUCUUCCCUUGACGGCAGCCGAGAAGAAAAGGCGCUUGCCGUCCACCUCCUCAUCUCUUUUCCUUGCCUGGCGCAGCUCGGCCACCUCGCAAACCAGCUUUAUCUCUUCUGCCGGUGCGCACUCUGUCUCUCUCUGUCUCUCUCUGUCUUUCUCUUCGCGACGACCGUGUCGUCGACCUUAGAAACGUUGAGCUAACCUUUUAUCUCGCCUCACCCUCUCGCACUGCCAUCCCUCUCGCCUUCCUCGCUCUGCGUCCGCGCAGUCUUAUACCCCUCU